AUGUUGGCCUCUGCUCUUUAUAAUUAUGAUGAUGCAGGAAAGAUAGUUGUGCUGCUUAGAGAUGGUAGAAAGCUAAUGGGAACACUCCGUUUCUUUGAUCAAUUCGCCAAUGCGGUUUUAGAAGGUGUUUGCGAGAGGGUAAUUGUUGGUGAGCAAUACAACGACAUUCCUUUAGGCCUCUAUGUAAUCCGUGGAGAGAAUGUUGUUCUAAUUGGUGACCUUGACACGGAGAGAGAGGAGCUUCCUCCACAUAUGGUUCGCGUCUCAGAGACAGAGAUUAAAAGGGCGCAGAAAGUGGAAAGGGAAGCGAGUGAGCUGAGAGGAACAAUGAGAAAGAGAAUGGAGUUUCUUGACUUUGAUUAAACCGGAUUGUAUCCCCUAUUCAUUUUCUUGCCUUGAUGCUCUGCUCUGGCUCGCAAGUUUUAUUAGGAGCCUUUUUGGUGUGUGGGUGAAAGAGAUAUGUUGAUUUAGGAGACACUGAUGUAUGUCUACUGUCUAGUUUUUUUUGUUUGUUUCAUUUUGGAAGAGUAUGAUAGAAUAAUCU